UGGGCCAUUGAUAAGUAAAUUCUUGACCCGCUGAAUAUUCGAUAGCUCUUCGUCAUGUUCAGUCUGAUCCCCAGAACCAUCACUACCUUGCACGACUCUGAGUCCAGAAAAAUGUUGGAGAUACGUUAUAACCGCCUCGUCCUUGUUAGAUUUCGCGGAUGUCCUUCCAUCAUUCUGAUAGGCAUAUGCUCUAUGUUUGGAACGCAAGGCUGCAGGCAAGGCGGACCGAAGUUCUGGUUGCAUCAAGUAAUAAUCACGUUCUUGAAUAUCCAUUACCUUGAACGUGGUAGGUUUGCGUAUUCCGCUGUUCAAACUGUUGAGUACCCAAGCCCUCUAUGAUGUAAGUGUGAAAAUUUUAAAUGACCUGUUAAGACCGAGUAGUUAAUUUGCGCAAGAAUCACUCGUGAGAGUGAUAGGUUAGAGAGGUAACACGAUGCAUUCGCGCAUGUUAACCGGAGCUUUGUACAAGUAUGAAGUCUCACUUGAGGACUCGAGCAGGAUGCAGUGACUCCUAACUGCCAUCUCCC